GCUAGCUAGCUAUGCUACUGAUAGCUGCCGAGGGGGUUGAUAUGCGACUGCUCUGUUAUGAAUAUUAAUGUGCUGCAUUUUCACCGUAUUUGUUGUUUUGGUUAUAAAAACAACGUUGACAAUGCAACAUGGCGUCCUGGUAGUUAACGUAACAUAGUAUUCUUCGGCUGUUUUCUGGUUGAAUCUGUUAUGUGUUAAGUAUCAUAGCGACGCUAAGCUAGCUGAACGAGCCAGCCAGACAGUCUGGGCCUCAUGUAGAAACGGCUGCUCUGGUCGCGAUUCAUACUUUCUGCUACUACGUAUUCACGCCGCUGUAACUUACUAAAGGACGACAGCAUAUUGGAUGGAGUGGCAGCCAGAUGAACAGGGUCUGCAGCAAGUGCUUCAGCUACUCAAGGACUCGCAGUCCCCAGACACAGCCACACAGAGAGCUGUGCAAGAAAAACUGGAGCAACUUAACCAGUUUCCAGAUUUCAACAACUAUCUCAUCUUUGUCCUCACAAGCCUUAAAUCUGAGGACGAGCCCACUCGCUCUCUGAGUGGUCUGAUACUGAAGAACAAUGUUAAGGCUCACUACCAGAACUUUCCUCCCAAUGUGGCUGACUUCAUCAAACGAGAAUGCCUCAACAACAUCGGAGACCCUUCACCGCUUAUCAGAGCUACUAUCGGUAUCCUGAUCACGACCAUAGCAUCUAAAGGGGAGCUGCAGACCUGGCCUGAACUGUUGCCCCAGCUCUGUAAUUUACUCAACUCAGAGGACUAUAACACCUGCGAGGGUUCUUUUGGAGCGUUGCAGAAAAUCUGCGAGGACUCAUCUGAGUUGUUGGAUAGCGAUGCUCUGAACAGACCUCUGAACAUCAUGAUCCCCAAGUUCCUACAGUUUUUCAAACACUGCAGCCCCAAGAUCAGGUCCCAUGCUAUAGCGUGUGUGAACCAGUUCAUCAUUGGUAGAGCUCAGGCUCUGAUGGAUAACAUCGACACCUUCAUUGAGAGUCUGUUUGCGCUGGCCGGUGAUGAGGACAGUGAAGUGCGAAAGAACGUGUGCAGGGCUCUGGUCAUGCUGCUGGAAGUCCGCAUCGACCGCCUCAUCCCUCACAUGCACAGCAUCAUCCAGUACAUGCUGCAGCGGACCCAGGAUCCAGAUGAGAACGUGGCUCUGGAGGCCUGUGAGUUCUGGCUGACUCUGGCUGAACAGCCCAUCUGUAAAGAGGCUCUGUCUGGCCAUUUGGUCCAAUUGAUCCCUAUCUUGGUGAAUGGGAUGAAAUACUCUGAGAUUGAUAUUAUUCUCCUAAAGGGGGACGUCGAGGAGGACGAGGCCAUUCCAGACAGCGAGCAAGAUAUCAAGCCUCGCUUCCACAAGUCCCGCACCGUCACUCUGCAGCACGAAGGAGGGGAGGGCGAGGAGGGGGAGGACAUCGACGAGGACGAGGACGAUGAUGACGAUACGCUGUCUGACUGGAACCUACGGAAGUGUUCGGCGGCGGCUCUGGAUGUUCUUGCCAACGUGUUUCGUGAGGAGUUGCUUCCCCAUCUCCUGCCCCUCCUGAAAGGCCUGCUUUUCCACCCUGACUGGGUCAUCAAGGAGUCUGGCAUCCUGGUUCUGGGGGCUAUCGCUGAGGGCUGUAUGCAGGGCAUGGUACCUUACUUGCCUGAGCUCAUCCCCCACCUCAUCCAGUGUUUGUGUGACAAGAAGGCCCUGGUCCGUUCCAUCGCCUGCUGGACCCUCAGCCGCUACGCACACUGGGUGGUCAGCCAGCCCCCUGACGCUCACCUCAAACCCCUGAUGAAGGAGCUGCUCAAGCGUAUCCUUGAUGGCAAUAAGAGGGUACAGGAGGCAGCAUGCAGUGCGUUCGCCACCCUGGAGGAAGAGGCGUGUACAGAGCUGGUGCCUUACCUGAGCUUCAUCCUGGACACUCUGGUUUUUGCUUUCGGGAAGUACCAGCACAAGAACCUGCUCAUCCUCUACGACGCCAUAGGAACGCUGGCGGACUCUGUGGGACACCAUCUCAACCAACCUGAGUACAUACAGAAGCUGAUGCCUCCGCUGAUAGCCAAGUGGAACGAGCUGAAGGAUGAAGACAAAGAUCUCUUCCCUCUGCUCGAGUGUCUGUCAUCUGUUGCCACGGCGCUACAGAGCGGCUUCCUCCCCUACUGCGAGCCCGUCUACCAACGCUGCGUCACCCUGGUCCAGAAGACAUUGGCUCAAGCCAUGAUGUACAGUCAGCAGCCAGAUCAGUACGAGGCACCCGACAAGGACUUCAUGAUCGUGGCUCUGGAUCUUUUGAGCGGCUUAGCGGAGGGACUGGGGGGCCAUGUGGACACGCUGGUGGCUCGCAGUAACAUCAUGACUCUGCUCUUCCAGUGCAUGCAGUCCCAGGAUACGAUGCCUGAAGUAAGACAGAGUUCAUUUGCUCUACUGGGUGACUUAACCAAGGCUUGCUUCCCUCAUGUCAAACCAUGUAUUGCUGAAUUCAUGCCAAUCCUUGGAACAAAUCUGAACCCGGAGUUCAUCUCUGUGUGCAACAACGCUACCUGGGCCAUCGGAGAGAUCUGCAUGCAGAUGGGAGUGGAAAUGCAGCCGUACAUCGCCAUGGUUCUGAGCCAGCUGGUGGAGAUUAUCAAUCGACCCAACACCCCCAAGACCCUGCUGGAGAACACCGCUAUCACCAUCGGUCGACUGGGCUAUGUGUGUCCUCAGGAGGUCGCUCCCAUGCUGCCGCAGUUUAUCCGACCUUGGUGUACGUCCCUGCGGAACAUCCGAGACAACGAGGAGAAAGAUUCGGCCUUCCGCGGGAUUUGCAUGAUGAUUGGUGUGAACCCGGGGGGUGUGGUGCAGGACUUCAUCUUCUUCUGUGAUGCAGUGGCUUCCUGGGUGAAUCCCAAAGACGAUCUGAGAGACAUGUUCUACAAGAUCCUGCACGGAUUUAAGGAGCAGGUCGGGGAGGAGAACUGGCAGCAGUUUUCGGAGCAGUUCCCCCCUCUGCUGAAGGAGAGACUGGCAGCCUGCUACGGCGUUUAGAGCCUCUACACCCACCCAAAAGGUGAGCCAGCAGGAGGAGGGUGAACGGGAAACUCAUCCAUCUGUGUAUUGCACUGCCCUGAUCUGGGGGGAGGGAGAGGGACGCUAUUGGCCGCUCCCCCUGACGGACGGCCCCCACGCCCUAUGUGUUUGUCCAUA